AGGAAGUUGGGCUAUUCCCAACUGCCAGUGAUCUCUGAAGCGACUCUCAGGCUCCCUCUUUGCUCUAACAGACAGCAGAGACUUCAGGCUGGAUAACAGUCAAAUUCUUACCUCUCUCUUUCACUGCUAGUAAGAUCAGACUGCGUUUCUUUCAGUUAUUCUUCAAUCCCCAGUUUCUUGAUCUGUUUCUAAAAGAAGAAGUAGAGAAGAUAAAUCCUCUCUUCAAUACUUGGAAGGAAAAACAAAAUCAUCUCAACUCCGUUUUGAAAAAAACAGUCCAAGAACUUUCAUCAGAGAUUUUACUUAGAUGAUUUACACAAUGAAGAAAGUACAUGCACUUUGGGUUUCCAUAUGCCUGCUGCUUAAUCUUGCCCCUGCUCCUCUUAAUGCUGAUUCUGAGGAAGAUGAAGAAUACACAAUUAUCACAGAUACUGAGUUGCCACCACUGAAACUUAUGCAUUCAUUUUGUGCAUUCAAGCCAGAUGAUGGCCCAUGUAAAGCAAUCAUGAAGAGAUUUUUCUUCAAUAUUUUCACACGACAGUGUGAAGAAUUUAUAUAUGGGGGUUGUGGAGGAAAUCAGAAUCGAUUUGAAAGUCUGGAAGAGUGCAAAAAAGUGUGUACAAGAGAUAAUGUAAACAGGAUUAUACAGACGGCAUUGCAACAAGAAAAGCCAGAUUUCUGCUUUUUGGAAGAAGAUCCUGGAAUAUGUCGAGGUUAUAUUACCAGGUAUUUUUAUAACAAUCAGUCAAAACAGUGCGAACGUUUCAAGUAUGGUGGAUGCCUGGGCAAUAUGAACAAUUUUGAGACACUGGAAGAAUGCAAGAACACCUGUGAAGAUGGUUUGAAUGGUUUCCAGGUGGAUAAUUAUGGAACCCAGCUCAAUGCUGUGAAUAACUCCCAGACUCCACAAUCAACCAAGGUUCCCAGCUUUUUUGAAUUUCACGGUCCCUCAUGGUGUCUCGCUCCAGCAGACAGAGGAUUGUGUCGUGCCAAUGAGAACAGAUUCUACUACAAUUCAGUCAUUGGGAAAUGCCGCCCAUUUAAGUACAGUGGAUGUGGGGGAAAUGAAAACAAUUUUACUUCUAAAAGAGAAUGUCUGAGGGCAUGUAAAAAAGGUUUCAUCCAAAGAAUAUCAAAAGGAGGCCUAAUUAAAACCAAAAGAAAAAGAAAGAAGCAGAGAGUGAAAAUAGCAUAUGAAGAAGUUUUUGUUAAAAAUAUGUGAAUUCGUUAUAGCAAUAUAACAUUAAUUCUACUAAAUAUUUUAUACGAAAUGUUUUGCUAUGAUUUUCUAUUUUUUCUUCUACUAAAAUGCUUUUAAUUAAUAUGUUCAUUAAAUUUUGUAUGCUUAUUGUACUUGUUAUCAACA